AUGGGCUUUAAAAAGAGCUGCUGGAGGCUCAGAGAUGCCCACACUUCCUUGGUUUCGGGUUGUGAGAACCUCAUCGCCCCAGAAACCUUUGCAUGAUGAUCGAGCCCUUCUUAGGAACCUGGAAACUGGUCUCCAGUGAAAACUUCGAGGAUUACAUGAAAGAACUGGGAUUGGGUUUUGCAGCACGGAACGUGGCAGGUUUGGUAAAGCCAAGUGUUACUAUUAGCUGCAACGGGGAAAAGGUAAGCAUCCAAACAGAGAGUUCCUUCAACAACACAGAGAUCUCCUUCGAGCUGGGGGAAGAAUUUGAUGAAACCACUGCAGACAACCGGAAAGUGAAGAGCAUCAUAACAUUAGAAGGUGGGUCAAUGAUCCAGGUGCAAAAAUGGCUCGGCAAAGAGACAACAAUUAAGAGAAAAAUUGUGGAUGGGAAGAUGGUCGUGGAAUGUACCAUGAACAACAUUGUCAGCACUAGGACCUACGAAAAGGCUUGAAGAAGGGGUGGACACCAGCGAGAACAUGGGCAGUCGAGAAAAUUCUUGGCUAAAGAAAAUCAGCCUCAGGGACAGCGAUUGAAAACUUUAUCCACAUAAAUUUUGCUCAAUAAAAGCACGAAUUGAAAUGCA